GUCUUAAGUAACAGCCGAGAUAAGAGCAAAAAUUAUGUGCGAGUGGAAUAUUCGAAAUUAAAUUUUAUAUUCUGAUCGUACAAAUGAAAAUAUAUUUCGAUAAACAGACACAUUUGGGAUUAUAAUAUAAUUUACACUUCUACAAAAUUAUACACGGAGGAAAGCUAUUCUAUUGAACUACUAUACACAGCCACUUGGUUCGUGAACUUGUUUCAAUAAAUUGAAUAUUGGCUUCAACAUACAGGCCACCACAUGUGAAUUUUUGACUUAAACAACUCGAAUAAAUAAAUAUUUUUUAGAAGAAGAAGGAGGAAAAAACUUACCAUUAUACUUACAUAUCCAAUGCUUUUAACGUUUAUAGUGAUUUCAUACGAAAUGUAAUUAAAUCAAAUUAUAAAAAAGGUGUGAAAAUAUUUUACAAAAAAAUUUUCCGUAGUUUUCAUAUACAUAUUAGCAAUUAGUGUUAAUUUGCCAUCAAAAAAAAAUUAAAAAAAAUUGAACAAUAAAAAACGAAAGAAAUAUUUCAAUUGUAUGUGCAAUAAAUGUAAUUAUAUUGAGAGUUUACAUAAAAAGUGGUAUCCAUUUGAAGUGUGAUACAAAUUUGGAUAAUGUUGAUAUGAGAGUUUAAAAAGAUAAUCAAAAGAAAAACAAAAACAACAGUUUCAAACCAAAAUUCAAACGGAUGAUUUAAAUGUUGUCGUUCGUUAUAACAUGAUUGAUCAUUCAAAUAUAACAGCAAAACGACAAAAAUUUUAUUCCAAUUCCAAUUUACAAAAUAUUUCUAACACUGAAGUUAACAACGGAUAUUGUGGUUGGGCUAAGCGAAAAACCACAUUUAGUACACGACGAAAAAGAACAAAGUGCUUGUUAUAAAAAUUCGCUAAAUAAUAAUUGCUAUUAUCAAACGAAUUAUAAUGAGAGCGCGAUAGAUAAAUGUUACCAAUGCAUUUUAUGUCCCCCCAUGUUCUUUCAACGCAAGAAGAACCAUCAGAAACGACUAUGGGGUUUACGCGUCACAACACCAUCAAUAGCCUCAUCAAGUCUAGAAGAACAAGAUUUCCAACAACAAAGAUAUCCACCACCAAAUGGUCAAAGAUGCAUCGACCAAGAGACAAGUUCGUUGAUGAACUGCUGUCGGAGUGGAACCAGCACCAGCAACAGUUUGCUGGAUCUGAACAAUUUACAUGUUUACAAGCUAUUUUGCGCUCUGACCAAAAAGUUGAAAGAACAUCAACUGCAAACGUUGUGCCAAGCUGUCGAACACAACAAUGUAUUAGACGGACAAUCAACACAUUGUGUUCUCGUACCGAGAGGUGUAAUCGAAGGCGAAGAGCCCCAUGUGAUUGCGUGCCGAAUAUGGCGAUGGCCGGAUAUACGAUAUGCGGACGAAUUGAAACGGAUACCAUCGUGCCCGAACGAAAGGGAUCCAGUUUAUGUGUGCUGCAAUCCGAGUCAUUGGAGCCAUCGAUUAAUUCGAUCAGAAACACCCCCACCUCCUUACUGUAUAUUUGCUAUGGACAGACUGAAACCAGAAGACCGAGCGCCAAGCGAAGAUCGAUAUGGAGGUUACGACCAGUUCCCAGGUUCUCUCACUACUGAUGGUGAAGACACUACCUCUACAACAGGAUGGUGUCAGCUGGCAUAUUGGGAAUUAUCACAACGUGUCGGCGGUUUAUUUCCUGUUGAAAAUGCAGCCGUUAAUGUCUUCGCUGAACAGGCCCGAGGCAAUGGAAUGUGCUUAUCAACGCUAGCCAUGCAACGGAUAUCAGCAACGCCAGAUGCUGUGCUCAAGGCAAGACAAAAAAUCGGCUUAGGCGUAACAUUAAGUAGAGAAGCGGAUGGUGUAUGGUUGUAUAACCGUUCUUCAGCGCCAGUUUUCGUACAUUCGCCAACAUUGAACGAUAUCGACACCAGGACGCUGGUGUAUCGGGUGCCACCGGGACAUUGUUUACGUGCCUUUGAUCACAAUAAGGCCGCAACGGAAGCUUUUGCGUGGCCCAGUUAUUUAGCCGGCACUCAAACUGGUCCAGUCGAUAUUUACAGUGUUCGAAUUAGCUUUGCCAAAGGAUGGGGUCCAAAAUACCAACGUCAAGAGGUAACGGCAUGUCCAUGCUGGUUAGAAGUUCAUUUACAAAAAAAAUUACUUCAUUUACGACCUUGUCGGUGACAAAUCUUUUAGUUUUUAUGACUUUUUUUUUAAGUAAGUCUUAAACUUAUACUUAUUACUACAAUGAUUACGUAGUAAUCAAUAAAGCGACAAAAAUAAAAAAAUAAAAAUGAAACGCCGGAGUUAAAUUUCUUUUUCUUUGUUUUAUUUAAGAAACUUGUUUGUAACAAGAGUGCAAAUUCUGUAAGAAAUGAAACAAAAUCGAUUUUUAUCAAUUUAUAUUAAAAUGGAAAAAUGUUUUGUUUUUUCUUCUUGUUCAAAUUAAAAUCUUCAUUUCAACGAAUCAUCCCUUUAAUCAUCCAGUUUAAACUUUUAGAAUACUUAUGUACCUUUGCUUAACCAUUUAGCUGUUAAAGAGAACUGGUGACUAAGUGUACAAUGAGAGAGAGAGAAAGAGAGAGAGAGUUUUUUUUUUGAAAGGAAAAGAAAUGAUAAAAAAAAAUUAAAGGAAACCAAAUUAUGAGCACGCUUUUUUAUACAAAUACACACACCCAUGAAAAAGUUAUGAAUGAAUGAGAUGAGGAAAUUAGCCAAUGGAAAAAGUGCUAUUUUUAUAUUGUUAAAAAUUAACAAACAAAAAUGAAGAAAAACAAAAAAAUGAAAAAGCUCAAAGAAAUAAUGCAUAAAAAACAUAAAUGCAAUUAAAUUAAAAUUAAAUUAAAUUAAUUCUGUACAUAAAUGAAUAAUAUUUUAAUUAUUUUAUAUAAAAAACAAACAAAAAAAAAACAUAGGAGAAACGAUAAUAAAUUAAUGAAUUUAUACAAAAAAAAAAUCAAAAAAACACAAAAUGUAAAAUGCUCUAAUUUUGAUCGAACUUAUCAGUCGAACGUCAACGAAUUAAUUUUUUUUAAACAAAUUUGUUGACCAAACCAAAAAACUUUAAAAUUAAAAAAAAAUGUUUUGCAAACAUUCCAUCAUAAUGAUUUGCUGCAAUUAAAAAAAAAAGAAGGAAAAAGCUUGCGAGAAAAAUAUAUUUUACCAGGUGGCAUUGUCACCUUUAUGUUCGAGUUUGAAAGCGAUUAUGAGGAUUCUGAUACAAUAAAGGAAAUGAGCCGUGUCAUACAUUCAAACCAUAAAAUGGGGAAUUCCUCUAGUUUUUGUAGAAAAUGGGUAUACCUGGCAACUCUAUUUUCAAAUCAAAUGAUAAUUCCUCGAAAAUUGAAAACUUGUCACGGUUCCAGUUGGAAAAAGGGAUACACAUAGAGACGACAGAUCUUCUCAUUCUUUUUUUGUAUUCUGUUUACAGCAUUGCGCAUUUAAUAACUCUUUCGAAAAAUCUGAUUCAUGAGAAUUUUACCAAAAAAUUCUCAGAAAUUUUCCAAAAAUAGGUAAAUUUUGGUAAAAUGAGCAAAUUUUUGGUAAAUUUUGGGCAAUUUUCAGUAAUUUCAGUAUGUAAAAAUUCCCAAUGAACGGCAUAGCCACAGGAUUUACGAUCAUUUGGUCACUCUGUCACGCACUACGGAUCAAUUUCCCACAUUUUCACUAGCAUGUACGUAUGCCGAUGGCAAAAAAUAAAAUCAGAAGGACUGGUAGCGUCUCUAUUUCACUUUUUCCUCUUCAACUGUGAAACAUCUCACAAUCAAUCCCAAUAUACAAAAUGGUUAUCCCAACUCAAUAAAUUGACUAGGAUCAUCUUUCGAUAAUGAAAUUGAAACCCAAAUCUUUUUCAAACUAGACCAAUAAAGUGUGUUUCGUUGUCGACGGAAUAAAUGAUAAAUGUGAUGUGAAUUGCACUAUACUCAUUGUAAGGCUUUUGUGUUUAAACUUUUUGACCAAACAAGUCAUCGAAUAGUCAAGUCUUCAUAAAUAAAAUGUAUUUAACAGAGAAAUAGAGAGAGAGAGAGAGCAAGAAAUAGAGGAAAAGAAAAAAAAAUCAAAAUUAGGUUACAGCAUUUUAAGAACCCCGUCGAAAUGUAAGGAGGAAAAAAAUUAUGAAACAACAAAAGAGUUAAGUGACAACGAUUAGUGUGAGAGUAUCGAAUACUCGUCCUAGGUGUUUGAGAGAGAGAGAGAGAGAGAAUAUUUAUACAUCACAAAAAACAAAAAACUUCUUAAACAAUUUUAUCCUUUAUUUA